AUGAACUUAUUACAUCAGCCAAGGAAUAAUAAAAAACGUCUAACAAUUUCAAAAGAAUUGGCUUAGAGAAAGUAGAGCAUUAUUUAACAUAUUUAAUGUAUUUUAAUUGAUUUUUAUAUUAUUAGCUGGGGCUCAAUUAGUUAAAUAAGACUCGUCUUCCAAACUGAAUAAAUAAGAGAAAUAAAAUAGAAAAGCAUCUAUAGAUUCAUCACUUCAUUCACAUUCUUCAUUCUAUGUUCUAAAAAAGUUAAAUAUACAAAUAAAAUAGAAAUUAAAUUGAAAAAGAAUUAGAGGAGUAUGAUGAAUAUUAAUUGAAUUCCUCUGAGUAUUCAGAAUAAUCCAUUCCAACAAUUCAAUAUGUUAGAUAAGAAUCUAAAAAAGAGUCUAAUUAGUUAAUGGAAAUAUAUAAUGAUAAGAACCAUUAAUUUAAAGUUGACUUUGAUGAUGACAUUCAAGAAAAUUAACAGCGUGAAAAACUUUCCAAAUAUCUAGAAUUAUUUGCAUUAGAAUAAGAUGAUCAUCCAGAAAAUGAAGUAGCAUAUUCAAAAAUAGUAAAAAGAUAUGAAAAAUACUAUUAACGCAAUCCAUUUUAGGAUCCAUUUUAUAUAUAAUUAGUAAUAUUAAAAGGAACAAAGAGAUUAUUUUAUGAAUUAAAAGUAAAUUUAUAUUUAAUAAUUUAAGAAAUAUUAAGAUAACAUAAAAUUUUUAAAAUUUAGAAAAAUUGUUGUUUUUUUAUCACUGAUAUUUCCAAUUUUAGCAAGUGAUAUGAUGAAUACUAGAAUAUAUAAAAUAUUGAUGACUAUAUUGAUUUUAUUCAAUGUCUUCCUUUUUAUUGUAGUAAAAACAGAACAUAGAGAAGAUACAUUUGAAAUAGAACAAGUUGUUACAAUAUUAUUUAUAAUUGAAAUAACAAUAAGAAUUUUAGUUUCUGGAUUCUUUUUUACAAAAAAUGCAUUUUUUCUUAGAAUGUAAGAUAUUUAUGAUUUUACAUUAAUAUUUGCUACUACAAUAAAUCUUUAUUAUCCAGAAAUAUUCAUUAUUGAUAUUUCACCAUUAAGAAUGAUUACAUUAUUAUUUUAUUUAGGAGAUAUAUUCAAUGAUUUAUAAGUUAUGCUAAAAGCAUUAAAAUAAUCUAUAAAAUUUCUAAUUGAAGCAUUGAUGAUAGUAGGACUAUUUUCUCUAUUUUUUGCAAUAUGUGGUGUAUUCCUAUUUUAAGGUUUAUUUAAUUAUAGAUGUGAAUAUGAUAAUGGAGAUGAAACAGAUGGAUGGAUUUAAUGUCAUUAAAAUUCUUGUUAUGAAGAAGGUAUGACAUGUAAAUUUACAUCUGAAACUCCAAAAAUGCCAACCUCAUUUAAUAAUGUUAUAUAUUCAUAUGGUUAGAUUUUAAGAACAAUAACAAUGGAUGAUUGGAGUUGGGUAAUGUUUUUUACAAUGAGAAUAUUUCAUCCAUGGAUAUGGAUUUAUUAUUUAUUAAUCAUAUUUGUAGGUGGAUUUUUUGGAUUCAAUCUAGUUAUUGCAGUUCUUAAAACACAUUAUGCAGAGGCUGCAGAGGAAAGUGCUAAGAAAUAAGAAGAGGAAGAGAUUAAUAAAUUGAUAAAAGACAAUUAAGAACAUCCAGAAAGAGAACUAAUUAAUGUAUUUGAUGUAGCAUUUUUAAGAUACAUUGGAUUUUUUUCAACUAUCCAAAAGUAUCGAGAAUGCUAUGAAAGUAAGAUUAUAAUGACUUCACAUUUGGAAUCAGAAUCAUAAAUGAAUAAAACCAUAUCAGAAGCUAGAACAUUAUCAGCUGCUUAGAAAAAACUAAGUGGCCAACAUGUAUAUAUAUAUUAUUAUAUAUAAAUUAGAGUUUUGAGAAUUAAAGUUUAUUUAAAAAGAUAUAAUAAUUUACAACAAAGAACUUUUUACUUAGAAAAUUUAGAUUGUUAAAAUAUUAAUAAUUAAAAAUUAAUAUAAAGAAUUAUUCAGAAGAUCCUAUAGAAUUAGAGAUUCUAUAAAAAUUAUAAAAUACAUCAUAUUCAUGUUUGUAGUCAUAAGUUAAUUAUUAAAUGGAAUAACAUUUUACAAGUUAAAAUGAUGUUUUAUUAAAAUUUAUGUAAUUAAACAAAAUAUUAUUAGUUAAAUAGAUUUGGCUUUACAAGAAGAAAAAAAAUUUAAUCCUGAGAAAUUAAGGAAAAUAAAAUUUAAAUAAUAAUAUCCUAAUUGGUCUAAUUAGGUUAAAUUAAUAAAGAAAUAAGCUUAAUAAUAAAAAUAAUUACAAAGAAGCUAUUUUCCUUUAAAAAAAUAGAAAAAUAAAUGGAAUAUAAAUUUUAAAAAAGAUGAAGAUAAAGAAUAAGAUGAAACAAGUAAAAAUACAUAUGAAAUGUAUGAAAAAUCUCCAUAAAAUUAUGAUAAUUUAAAUUUAUAAAAAAAGAUUUCAUAAAAGAAAAAAUAGAAAAAAUUUGCUAAGAUUAUAGAUGGUUAAGUUUUAAUAUUUGUUUAAGGAUAUUAUUUAACUUAUGAUGAAAUAAAAGAUAAAAUCAAUUUAAAGAUUCCAAUAAUAAAAAAUCAUUUUACUAGUAAUUAAUUUAAAUACAGAAAAUUAAGAGAAAAAGAAUUAUAGAUGGGUAAAAUAAUAAAAAAAAGUAAUUGGUCAGGAAAGGAUGUAUUAAUAUUAAAUACAAAAAAUCUUGAAUAUUUCAAUCUCAUUUUUGUAUAAUUAAAUUAAAGAGAUGUUUUAAUAUGGAUGAAAGGAUUAAAAGGUAAAAUCCUUAAUUUAACUAAAUAUACUAAUAUCAUUAUUACAAGUACAACAAGUAGAGUCUUUUUUGAUUUAAUAAUAUUCAUAAAUUUUACAUUCCUUUCACUUUGGAAUAUUGCUAAUUCUAAUACUAUCCAUUAGAUUGAAAAUGUUUCAACAGUUAUACUUUCAAUUGAAUUAUUAUUAAGAAUUACUUCAAUAAAAAUAAAAGAUUUUACUAGCAAUGCAAAUUAUAUGUUUUAAGCAGCAAUAGUAAUUAUAAAUAUAAUUGAAUUUACUAUGAAAGAUUUAUUAAAUGAUUUUGAUGAAUAAAAUUUAAGAUUAAUAAGAGGAACAAAAUGUUUAUUAUUUUAUAGAUGUUUAAAAUAUAAUGCUAUGGCUGUUAGAAUUGGACAUAUAGCAUCUAUGACAUUUAAAUAAUAUAUUUAUUUAACAUUUCUUAUGUUUUUGGUUAUUUUUAUGUAUGCAUUAGUUGGUAUGGAAAUGUUUGCAGGAGAAUUUGAUUAAACUGAUACAUUAGGUUAAUUACAUUCAUAUGAUAAUAUAUUCAAAGCAUUUAUGACUAUUUUUAAUAUUAUGACUAAUGAUGAUUGGUAUGGAGUUUAUGUUAUGGGAGGUUAAUUAAAUUAUACAUUUGCAGUAAUUUAUUCAUAUUCUAUGGUCAUUAUAUUAAAUUAUUUAACAUAUGGUUUAUUUAUGGCUGUUUUAUUGGAUGGAUUUGGAAAAUAUUUGAAUUAAUCAAAUGAAAAUGCACCUUUAUUUAAUAAUGAAUAACAUGCUGAAAUAACAUAGAAUUCAAAUGAAGAAUUAGAAAAACAAGUAUAAUAAACUAUUCUAAGUCCAAUAGGAUCUUAAACUCAUAUUAUUUUGGAAAAUAAUUAAACAAAAUCUAAAGUUGAUUUGAUUACCAAUUUUUUCAAAUCUAUCAGUAAUAUUUAUAAUUAAUUAGUUAGAAUAAUUGAAUAAAGAAUUAUUGAAUAGAACCCCUAAAUUAUAUACUGGAAUUGAAUGUUAAAGUUCUCUAUAUAUAUUUGAUAAAGAAAAUAUUAUAAGAAUAAUUUGUACUAAAAUUGCCACAGCAAAUAUUUAUAUAUAUUUUAUGGAUUUAAUAUUGUAUGCUUCACUUAUAACUUUUAUAAUGAAUACCUAUUAUGAUUAUGAAGAAAGUUCAAAUAAUAUAUGCGAUAUUAUUUAAUUAAUAAUAAAUAUAUAGAUGUCAAUUGAUAUUUUAAUAAAUGUAAUAGCUAAGGGAUUAUUUUUGGAUAAAGGAUCAUAUUUUAUUUCAGUAUGGCAAAUUUUGGAUAUUAUUUAUAUGAUAUCUCAUUUUAUAACAUUUGGUACUACAGAAUAUGCACAAAUUUUAGAUUUCUUUUUAUAUUUUGGAUAUCUAAGACCUAUGAAAUUAUUAUUUCGUAUUAGUUGGUUGACAUAACUAAGAAUAGCACUUGGAUAUUCUUUAGUAGAUAUCACAAAUGUAUUAAUUACUAUGUUGUCUGUUUGGAUUAUGUUUGGAGUUUAUGGUAUAAUACUUUAUGAAGGUUCAUUUGGUUUCUGUGAUGAUAAAAUGAAUUUUGAGAUUAGUUAUGAUUAAUGUAUAAAAGAGAAUAGACAUUGGAUUAAUUAUAAGCAUAAUUUUGAUAAUAUUACAGUUGCUAUUCCAACUCUAUUUGUUACAUCAACAUUAGAUGGAUGGGGUGAAAUUUAUUAAGUAGCAGAAAAUAGUUAAUUACCUAGUAUAGGACCAUAACCAUUCAAUAGUUAUAUAUAUACUUACUUUUUCUUUAUCAUUUUUGUAUUUAUAGGAUCAAUGUUCUUUUUAAGUUUAUUUACAGGAGUUUUGUAUUCAAAUUUGAAAUAGAAUCAAUAGAAGAUAGAAAUGACAGAUAUUACUCAAUCUUAAAAAGAAUUUCAAGAAAUUUCAUCCAUAAUUAUUAAGGAUUUUCCAAUAUUUAGUUCACCUCCUACAAAUGGUAUUAGAAAAUUAGCAUCAGAUAUAACUAAUAAUUCUUACCUUUUGAUUUUCAUGUAUCUCUUACUUAUAUUAGAUCUAAUAAUUCUAUUAUUAUUUGAAUCAGAUAUGAGUGAAAAUUACUUUAGAGCAGUGAAUAAUGUACAUAAUGCUUUGACUAUAAUUUAUGCUAUUUGGAUUAUAUUAUUAUUUUUGGCUUUGGGAAUAGGGAGAUUUUUCGAUAACUAUUGGAGAAGAUUUUAUUUCUUUUUGAUUCUCGUGUCAAUAAUUGACUUUAUAGCUGAUUAUUCAAUUGAUUGGAUAAUGAUCUAUUAUAGAUCAAAUCCUUAUGAUAAAGCUUAUUAAAUAUUAAGGAUUUUCUUCUCUCUUAGAAGUUUAAGAGUAAUACUUAUAUUCCAAGGAUUAAUAAAUUUAUAAAGAUUAAUGAGAGUAAUGGUCUUUGCAUUACCAUUUUUAGGUAAAAUAUUUACAAUAUUAAUGAUUGCUAUGCUUAUUUUUGCUUUGAUUGGUUGUUAAUUAUAUGGUUAAAUAGAUAGUGGAGCAGUGAUGGAUGAUUAAAUUAAUUUCUAGAAUGUUGCUUAAGCAUUAUUAGCUUUAUUCAAAUGUGCUUCAGGUGAUGAUUGGAGAACAAUAAUGACAGAUACUAUGUAACAUAAUCCUCUUUGUCUCGAUGAUCCAAAAUAUUGUGGAAGUGUACACAAUUAAUAUUUCUUUUUUCUUUUUAUGCUUUUGUCUAAUUAUGUAUUACUUAAUCUUUUUGUACUUGGAUUAAUUGAAUAAUUUGAAUAAUUCUUUUAAUUAUAAAAUUCCUUAAUUUAAACUUAUGUUGAAAAUAUAGAUAAAAUUAAAACAGUAUGGUGUAAAUACUCCUCUGAUACUUAAGGAUAAGCUAUGAAUUAUAAGUUUUUAUGUAAAUUUCUUUUGGAUAUUGGUAAACCUUUAGGAGGAGGGAAGGAAGAGAAUUUAUGGGAUGUAGCCAAAUUAGCUUCAAGUUUCAAAUUAUAAUGGUAAUUUUACUUUUAUUAAUAAUAGUGAUCAUUAUGGUUUUAUCUAAUAUAAUCAAUUAAUAUAUGAAUUAUUUAGAAGACGUUUUGUUAAUGAAGUUUUUAAAGAAGGGUCUGAGAAUUCUAUUAUCAAAAUUAAAUAAUUCAAUAAAGAAAUGCAAUUAAGACUAAUGUAUUAUAGAAAAAAUAGAUUAUUGGAGAGAUCAAACAUAAGUCCAAAUAAAUAACUUAGAGCUAAUUUUAAUAUUUUACAUGAUUAUUUAACUGUUUUGAUAUUAUUCAAAACUUGGGAGUCCUAUUCAAAAUUAAUCUUUUAAAAGAUUUGUAGAUAAGGGAACUUUUCAGACAGUGAUGAAAUUUCAAUUUAAAAUGAUAAAAAGAACAAACAAAAGUAUUUAUUUUUAGUUAUAAAUUUAGUUUUAAUAAUUUUGAAUUUGAUGAUGACUUUUCUGAAUCUGAUAAUAUGACACAAUAAUAGAUGAAUAAUUAAAUAUCCUAAUAAUUUAACAAUUCAUUAAAUCAAAAUUUGAUUAUGCAAAAUAGCAAUAGUAUCUAAAGUGGUUCAAAGAAUCAUAUAAUUGGAAGUCUCAAAAAUACAAGUUCAAGAAGAGUUUAAAGUUUUAGAAUUAAAAAGAAGGGAAAUCAAAAAAUCAAUAUUAAUUCAUUAGAGCCUCAAAGUAAUCAAGAACUUAAACAUUAUAAUACACUAAAAAGUCAAUAAUAGAUUGAUUAAGAGGAAAAAUUACCUUAUUAUAAAAAUCAAUUUGAUUUAUCUUUAUAAAGUGACUAUAAAGAAGGUACAUUAUUAAAUGCCAAAAAAAAUUAUUGA